AAAUGUCUAUUCUACACUCAAAUUCUCUCAUUUUCAACGCUAAAACCAGUGUUAAAUCUUACUCCUUCACUUCAUUUCUUCCUUCUUUUUCAAUCUCAACUUCUAAAUUUAGAAAGUUUCCAAAAUUUUCAAUUCAUUCAUCAAUUAAUGAUCCUCGAGAUUUUUUUGUACCAAAAUCCAACCAAAACGACGAUGAUUCGGAUGAUAAAACGACGUCGUUUGUUGAUGAGUGGGGCGAGAGGUCGGAACCGGAGCUCCGACCCGUAACGAAGUUAUGGGAUUCGGAUCCUCCUAUUGAUAUAGACGAAUGGGGUAGAGAUGAGCUAAGGAGCACUGAUAAUUCAGGGAUUGAAGAUGAGUGGGGCGAGAAGUCGUAUCCGGAGCUCCGACCCGCCAAGACGUUAUCGGAUUCGGAUCCUCCUAUAGAUGAAGACGAAUGGAUCGGAGCUAAGCUAGUAGGCAACAACAUUGAUAGAGUUAGAAAUGAGUGUGUUUCUGAUGAUAAAAUGACAUCAUUUGUUAAUGAGUGGGGCGAGAAGUCGGAGACCGAACCUGGACCUGAGCUAGUGGGUAAAAUCAUUGCGGGGUCGUUUGGUGUUGUAGAAGAUGAGAGAGUUGCAGAGCUGAAAAGGUGCUUAAUUGACACGGUUUAUGGGACAGAUUUUGGGCUCAGGGCCUCAUCGGAGGUUCGAGCCGAGGCACUAGAGCUGGUUUCUCAGUUGGAGGCAGCAAAUCCAACUCCAAACCCCGUUGAAUCACCUGAGUUGCUCGAUGGGAACUGGAUUUUAGUGUUUACAGCAUAUUCUGAGCUGUUACCUCUUCUGGCUGUGGGUACCAUUCCUUUACUGAAGGUUGAAAAGAUUAGCCAAUUGAUUAGUACAAGCAGCCUUACCAUUGAGAACUCAACUACAUUAUCAAGCCCUGUUGCCACCUCGUCUUUUAGUGCAACUGCUGCAUUUGAAGUUCGAAGUCCAUCAAGAAUACAGGUUGAAUUCAAAGAAGGGACAUUUAAUCCUCCGAAGAUUAAGUCAAAAAUAGAUCUGCCAGAAAACAUGGAUAUCUUUGGCCAAAACACAAGUUUGUCACCCGUACAGCAAUAUUUGGGUCCUCUAGAAAAUGUCGUGGCAGGUAUAGCCCGAACUAUUUCUGGUCUACCUCCUCUCAAGGUUCCAAUUCCAGGUGGGAGGACAAAAUCUUGGCUUAUUACGACAUACCUUGAUAAGGAUCUUCGCAUCUCCAGGGGAGAUGGUGGGCUUUUUGUUCUCGUUAAGGAAGAGAGUUCUCUUCUAGAUCAGUAACAAGUUCCCGUUCAUGUAUAUAUGUAAAGGUCCUAUGAGGUUCAUAUAUACAAUGUAAAGUAUACGACAUGUUAUAUGUUAAGGGAGAUACAUCU